UCAUCUCAGUCGUGUGUUUUUGUUUUUUUUUCGUCAUUGUUGUGCUGGACACGCUACGCAUCGGUUGUGUUUUUUCAUCACUUAAAAUAUUCUCAAGACCGUCACAGUUACAUUAAAAAAAAAGUGAAAAUAUUUAUAUUGUUUUUAAUCGCUAAUAAUCAGCUGAUUAUUAUAAAUUAAUUGACAAUGGAUAAUAACAAUCGAAAGGUCGAUUAUAAAAAGCGAAGACCUGAUAAAAAUUAUUAUCAACCAUCAUCGACAAUUAUGCACAGUUUUCCUGAGACAAAGCCGAAAAAUAUCUCGUGCAGUAUUUGUCAAAAAAACUUUUUUGUUGGAGAUCCUUUUGAUAUACGGGGUUUCAAGACACCUUUGGUGAGAUUUUGUGGUCAUCCAGUAUGUGAAUCAUGUUCAAAAAAACAUGCACUUGAACCAUGUUUAAUUUGUGGACAUUUACCAAGACCUGAUCAAGCCAAUAUGCUGCUUCCAAUAAAUGCAUAUGUUGUUGGAAUAAUAUGUGCAAGUAUGUCGUCACCAAAUGUCGUUGACAACUAUGCUGAUGAGCCAGACUUGGUCUUCACUGAUACACUUGAAGCUAAAAUUAAAAAGACUUUAAUUUUUCAACAUUGCAUCGAGUGUCACGGCGAGGCUGAUGCCAAGUGCAAUGAUUGUCCACAGUCAUCAGGCGUUACUUAUUUUUGUACAUCAUGUUUUAUCAAGUAUCAUUCAUUUAAUUUGAAUCAACACCACAACAUGAUUUCCCUGUCAUCAGAAAAUUCAAAUGACAAAAUUAAACUUGACAAUCAUUGUCAUAUACAUCGCAACAAAAAGAACACACAUUAUUGCAAAGAUUGCAGUACAUCAUGCUGUGAAAUAUGUGUUGUUGAAGUUCAUCGUGCUCAUUCAUUUGUGCACAUGAUUGACUGGAAUAAAAAUUACCUGGCUCAGCUUAAUCAUCUCUAUCACACUGUCGGGAACAACAUGAAACAUCUCUACAAUGCAACAAAGAAUAUUGAAAAUGAAUUAUCAGGUCCAUCAGAUAAUGAAUCAAUGAACGAGUUUCAAGCUAUUAGUGCAAUAACCCAGCACUUUGUUCAUCUGCAUGGUGUCCUUCAGAAUCUUGAGGGACGAAUGAUAGAGACAGUUCGAAUUGGAAGCAAACAACGUGAUAAAAAACUUGUUGAAAUACGUGAUCAUACAAAGGGACUCACUGAAAAGUUUCAAGAUGCAAUGCUGUUGGCAGGAAUAACUUUUAAACACUGUGAAACAGUUGAUAUUUUACCAGUUAUUAAAAAAUUGGAAACUCUUGUAAAUUUACCAUGUCAUCUUGUUAAAGAUACAACAUCAAAUGAAAAUUCUUAUGUCAAAUUUCAUGUUGAGCAAAUAACUGAUAUUUUGGAGAGUCAUUGUAAAAUUGAAAUACAAGUAGCCAAUCCAUAUCGUUUACAAACAAAAGAAGAAUUACCAAAAGAAUAUAUAUUGUCUCAAUUUCAUCCAUCAACUCCAGAGUAUCCAGGACUUGAUGAAGUUGUACAAUCAGACGGUAUGUCUCCUACAUUGUCAUCUUCAAUAUCUCCAGUACUAUCAAAGUCAAAUCAAUCAUCAACAUUAACACUUGAAUCUGGCUCAAUAAAAGCAUCAAUUGUUUCAACAAAUUCACUUAAUUCACAAAAUAAUUUACAAUAUAAAAAAUCACAAAUGGUACAUGUAACACAUCUUGAAAGUCCAUCAAAAUUUUAUGUCAGAUCAGAAUAUGAUGAUGAUAAUUUUCGUACAAUAACUGAACAAUUAAAAGCAUAUAAUUUUUCUGGUACUCAACCAGAUGAAAUAAUACAAAAUAAUAUUUAUGCUGUAUGUCAUAAUGAUAUUAAAAUAUGGUAUCGUGGAAGAGUUAGAAAAAUUGAUAUUAUCAAUAUUGAUAAUGAUUUGUGGUCUGUAUUUGCAAUUGAUUAUGGAUUUGAAGAAAUAAAUGUAUCAAAAAAAAAUAUACGUUUAUUGAGUGAUGAUUUACUUGGUAUUGCACCAAUGGCUGAGGAACAUCGUCUUGUUAGUAUUGAUCCAAUAAAUGGUAAUCAAUGGUCAAAAGAAGCAACAUUAUUUAUGAAAAGAAUGCUUAAAGAUAGUGGUAAUGAUAUGAGUGCUGAAAUGUAUCGUUAUAAUGAAUGGAAUCAACGUGAUGUUGAUCUUGUUGUUGGUUCAGUUAAUAAAUCAUCAAUACGUGAUUCAUUAUUACUUCAAGGUUUUGGUACAUUUGUAUCAAUUGAUAAAUUACUUAGAAAAAAUCCAGAUAGUUCAAAUGCAUUUCAUUAUGAAAAAUUAGAACUUGAAAAAUAUUAUUCUGUUGAAAUAUUACAAAUUGAAAAUCCACAUGAAAUUUAUGUUAAAAAAAAUGAUUAUGAUGAUGAAGUAUUUCGACAAAUGUCCAAUGAACUUACAACUGAUUAUUCAAAAAAUAAAAAAACAAGAAGUGUUAUUUUUUCUCCUGCUACUGGAAUGCCAUGUGCUGUUUCAUAUGAUAAAAUUUGGUAUCGAGCAAUUAUUGUUAAUGUUCCAAAGCCAAAAAUUGUAACUGUUUUUUUGGUUGAUUAUGGAAAAAAAGUAACUGUUAAAUUUUCAAAAAUGUUACGUCUUGAUCCGUCUUAUCAAUCAAUAACAACAAGGGCUAUUAAAAUCUCUUUACGUGAUGUUGCACCACCAGUUGGCAGUUCAACAUGGUCAAAAAAAGCUUCAACAUAUAUUCAAGCAUGGACACCAGGAAAAGUUCGUAUAAUAGCAUAUGAAAAAAUUGAUUCAUUUUAUUCAGUAUGUUUACUUCAUAAAAAAGAAAAUUUAAAUUCAAAAUUAGUACUUGUUGAAGAAGCAAUUAGUAUUGGUCCAGUAUCAAAACCAAUUGCCAAAGAAACACGUGAUUCAUCAAUUAUUAAAAAUAAUUUAUCACAAAUAAAUACAUCAAUUGAAGAUGAUAAAAAAUUAAAUUCUUCUGCUACUAUUUCUUAUGGUUCAUCAAUGGCAAUUGAAUAUAAAAAAAAGCCAAAUGUUACAAAACACAUUGAAGAAGAUCCAUUUAAAGUUUUAGUUAAAAUUGUUCAUGUUGUAUCACCAUCAGAAAUAUAUGUAUCAGAUGUUGCACGUGAAAUGGAAUUUUCAAAAAUUGAAAAAAAAUUACAAAUAAAAUAUGAUAAUCAUGAAACAAUUGAUAAAAAAUCAAUUGAAUGGAAAAUUGGUAAAAUAUGUGUUGUUUAUUGUGAAAAUGCAAAAUAUUAUUAUCGUGGACAAAUAAAAGAUACAAUAAAUGAUAAUAAAUUUAUUGUAUUUCUUAUUGAUAUUGGAAAAACAAUAACAGUUGAAAAAAAAAAUUUACAAUCAAUUGGUUUUAAAUUUGAACAAUUUCCAGCACUUGUAUUUCGUGUUAAACUUGGUGGUAUGAUACCAUGUGGUGGUUCAACAACAUGGCCAUCAUCAUCAUGUGAAAAAUUACGUGAAUUAAUUGAUAAUACACAUAAUGCUAAAUUUUAUAUAACAAAAGUUGGUGAUGAUGAAGACGGUGGUCCAAUGAUUGUUGAAUUAUUUUGUGAACAAAUAAAUGUUCAUCAUGCAAUUAGUCCAGAUGUUAAAGAAAUAUUAAGUAUAAAUAGACGUCUAUUAGAACUUGGUCUUGCUGUACAAUUGAAAAAUUAUGACUAUAAAAAGUUAAAAUUUUUAGCAUUCGAAGUACAAAGAGAAAUGUCUGUUAAUGAUUUACGUAUACAUGAUGAUGCAUUGUUAAAUCAUAGUCUUGAUAAAAGUAAUGAUUCAGAAUGUAUUAAUUCAGAUUCAACAGUAACACCUGAAAAUUCAUAUCCAGAUGACGAUGAAGUAUCUGAUGCGGAUGAUUAUAUAGAUGAAAUUGAUGAAAAUUAUGUUAAUUCAAGAUUUGCUGUAUGGCCAAAAGCUGAAAAAUUUCAGAGAAAAAAAUUUUAUGGUACAUCAAAAUUUGUUAGUAUUGAUGGUUGUGCAUAUAUUGUUGUUGCUCAGCCAAAUAAAACAACUGAAAAACUAAGAUUUAUUGAAUUUGAAUUAUCAAAAGUAUAUCCAUAUAAAAAAUGUGAUACAAAAUUAUCAGAUAUUAAACCAGGUGAUAUUUGUAUUGCUAAAAUGCAUACAUUUAAUACAUGGCACAGAGCUGAAGUAUUAAAAAUUCAAAAAGGCAAACCACUUAUUCGUUUUGUUGAUUGGGGUAAUGUUGAAUAUUGUUCACCAAGAUUUAUUCAUAAAAUGAUUAAUUAUCAAGAUGAACCAAGACAAGCAACAAAAUGUCAAAUAUAUGGUUUAAAAUCAUGUAACUCAAGUAGUUUUACUAAAGAAGAUAUUGAUAAUAUUCAUGGAAUAAUUGUUGAACAAAAUUUAUUUAUUGAAGUUGUAAAUAAUAACAGUGAAUUGCCAGUUGUUAUUAUACGUCUUGUUAAUCAAGAUAUGAUUGAACUUGUUGAUUUUCUUUACAAUGUCAUGAGAAUGAAUGUUUAUCCACCAAAACCAAUAACACAAACUUUAAGUAAUGAAGAUUUUGACGACGAUGAUGAUGAUGAAGAAGAAGAUGACGAAGUCAAUGUUAAUGAUAUUAAUGUCAAUACAAAUACAGUUGAUGAUGAUGCUAAUAAUUGUGAUGAUAUUGUUGAACGUGAUUUUAUUGAAUUUGAAAAAUCAGAAUCACCAGUUGAUGAUCGUGAUGUUGUACUAGAAGAAACUGACAGUGAUGAUCUUGAAGAUUUAAUUGAUGAAGGAAAAGUUGUCAUGUCCAUGCAACAAAAAUUUGUUGAUAAUGCUAAUAAUGACAAUGACAUUAUUGUUAAUGAUAAAAUACAAACUAAUAUAUAUGAAGGUAAAUUUAUUAGACGAAAUACAGAUACAUCAAGUGAUGAUUAUGUUAGUCGUGAAUCUUCAUUGGAUAUUAAUAUUAAAAAUCCAAGUAUCACAGAUGAUAGUGAUGUUAAAUUAGAUAGUCCUAUUGAUGACAGUGUACAGUAUGAAUUUAAAAAUCUUGUUAUUCCAAAUGAUGUUACUAUUUUUUGUGGUGCACUUGGUGAAGUUAAUCCAUUAUUUCCAAAUUUAGUUACAAUUCAUAUUGACAAUACACCAGAUCAUCCAGAGCUAUCACGUUUAUCAAAAAUGUAUGAAAAAAUAAUGAUUGAAAUGCAAGAAUUUGCUGAAACACAACCACUUGUUGAAAAUAUUUCUGAAAAUAUACCAUGUUGUGCUAAAUAUAAUUUUGAUGGACAAUGGUAUCGUUGUUUAGUUAAAAAAAAACCACCACCAUAUUCAAAUGAUCCAUUAAUUGAAGUUGAAUUUGUCGAUUGGGGCAAUACACAAAUGGUUGAUAUUGAUGAGCUACGUAUUUUACGUAAUAAAUGGAUGAUGCUACCUAAAAUGGCUAUUAAUUGUCGUAUUUGGGGUAUUGAAAAACCAGAUGGACAUGUUGAUCCAACAAUAAGAGAUUGGCUCAAGACUAUUUGUGAUAAAAUUAAAAAAUCAUUGAUAAUUGUUGUUAAAAAUAUUGAACCACAUGGACCAGCUGUACAAAUUUAUACAAAUUAUGAAAAGAAAAAACUUGUUUAUCAAACUUUGAUUGAUCAAAAAAAAUUUAUCUUGGAUCUUGAUGAUUGCACUACUUAUUAAGUAAGAAAAAUUAUAUUUAAUACUCGUUUUUUAUACUUAAAGUAUUGAUAUAGAUUU